AUGACAAAUAGAAUUAAUGAAGAGUACCAUUUCCCGGCAUUUUUGUCGUUUGUGUGAAGAAUUUUCAUUUUAAAGUUGAGCGUCUUCUGUGGUGUUGCGUUAGUUUUUAGGUUCAUAGUGUUAUAUAUAUUUAAUGCCAUGAACACAGUAAGCAAUUUAAAAGAAUAUGGAAGUGCGUACCCUGUUCGCAUACCUUCUUCUAUACCACGACAAAAAUUUGAAUGUAAUUCCAACAAUUUUAAUAAAUAUCCACAAAUUUAUAUACAUUGCGAAUUUGCUAAUGUUUCAUCAGCGAAUUUGAGCGGCUAUCGCAGCGUGUUGGUGCCUGUGCACGAAGGCGUCGUCAAACGCAUUGUGCGCACAUUUUUCGAAAAUGGCUUCAGAGUCGCACUACAAGAAGCAACCAGUCCAGAAACUAUAGAAUUUAAUCCUAAUGUUGCGAAGGUAGCACAAUAUAUAUGUGAUGCGUUAGACGCUGUUAAUAGAUAUAAGCAAAAAAUAUUUCCUCAUAAGCGGCGGCAGUUGAGUGUGAAUGAUAUUGUAAACUUCACGGAAACAAGAGACUGGUGUCAUGCGAAUAUACGUUGCAUAGCCUGGCAUCCGAAUUGCUUCAAAAUAGCUGUGGCAGGUGGUGACGAUUCUGUGAGAAUAUACACUGAAAGUUACGCUGAAAUACCAGUUUUAAAGACGCAUUAUCAAAAAAGUGUUACGUCAAUAGCGUGGCGACCAUUUACAACUUCGGAACUAGCAGUUGGCUGCGAUAGAGGUAUAUGUCUCUGGACCGUAGAAAGCAACGUGAAUAUAACACGUGCCACCUCCCAAGCCACACUACUGCAACAUCCUAAAAGCAGUCCGAUUACUUCAAUACAAUGGAAUUCUGACGGUACACUUUUAGCAGCUUCCUCAAUAGGUGAUACAGAUAUAUUGAUAUGGAAUAUGGAUUCAAUGCAAUGUACUGCUUUAAAGUGUGUUGGGCCAACUUGUUCAUUUAUAAAAUGGUCAUCAGGUGACGCUUAUCUUUUCGCUGCAACUUCAAGUAAUAUGUUUCGUGUGUGGUCUACGGAAAAGAAAUGGACUGGCGAACGUUGGAAUAUUGUUUCUGGCACCGUACAAUCUGCUUGCUGGUCACCAUGCAGUAACUUUUUACUAUUUAUAACCACGGAAGAACCAAUACUAUACGAACUACAGUUUUAUGAAGAACAAGUUUUUAAGUCUGGCGGUACACCUACAGAAGCUGUGCCUGUUAUUGAUUUAUCAUCCAUUGUUAUUGAUAAUCGCGAAAUAGGCGGUCAACCACAAGCGUUGGUUUGGGAUCCAAAGGGUUUAUACUUAGCUAUUAUGUUUAAGGAUACGAAUUGUGUAGCAAUAUAUACAACCUCUUUUAAAACGUUUCAACUGAGAGUAUCACCAUUGUGUUUUGUAAGUGGUGCUGGCUACGAAUAUCCUACAUGCAUAGCGUUUCAAAGUAAAAACAAGAAGAACUCUGAAACUAUCUUAAAUAUUGGUUGGUCCAACGGGAGAAUACAGUAUGUGCCACUCACCGAUAAUAUUAUCUAACAAACGUUCAUAUAUGCGAUACAAUUAAUGUACACAAUACACUUUUUAUUAUUAACAUUAAGAUUAUAUAUUGUUAUUUUUUUUAUACAUUUAAGAUAUUUAAAUAAAAUUUAAUG